AUGAAGUACCUCACACCGAUAACCCUAGCCGGUGUUUUUGGCAUCGCUGCUGCCACUUCUACUCCAGCGAAGCAUUUGGCAAAGAGGGCUGAGUUCUGUGGUCAAUGGGACACGGCCGAAGAUGGCAAUUACAUCGUAUACAAUAAUCUGUGGGGUGAAGCCGAAGCAACAUCCGGUUCGCAAUGCACGAAUAUAGUUUCUCUCGACGGCAACACGCUCUCUUGGUAUACUUCCUGGUCAUGGGAAGGAAUCUCAUACGACGUCAAAAGUUUCGCAAACGCAGAAUACGUUAUCGAAGCUACCGAAUUGAGCGGUAUCGCAAACAUUCCUACAACAUGGGACUGGAGCUACACGGGCUCUGACAUCGUAGCGGAUGUCGCUUAUGACCUCUUCACCAGCUCCAGCGCCGAUGGGAGUUACGAGUACGAAAUUAUGGUCUGGCUUGCUGCCUUAGGAGGCGCUGGCCCCAUAUCUUCAACCGGCUCUACCAUUGCCACUCCUACUAUUGGAGGCGUUACCUGGGAGCUGUACAGCGGACCAAACGGAGAUACUACUGUCUACAGUUUCGUGGCCUCUAGCGAGCAAACUAGUUUCUCCGGUGACUUGAUUGACUUCUUUGACUACCUCGAGGAGUACGAGGGCUUUAGUUCAAGCCAAUACUUGCGAUCUAUUCAGGCUGGAACUGAACCUUUCACGGGGUCUGAUGCGGAACUCUAUGUCACUGCCUUUAGUGUCAGCUUGGAGUGCACAUGUGCUUAA